AUUGAGGUUGCUCCUGAGAGACUAUCAUCAGGAUCUCAUGUUGGCUCUGGACGUGUCAUCGUUUUACCAACAAGCUGACAACAUCAUCAGCGCCAUUAACUGCAAGGUUGAGAAAACAGGUUUUGCAUGGUUUUGGCAUUUAGAGAAGGCUUUUUAAAUGAUGUAUAUGUCUACAAGUCCUGAUGCAGUAUUUAUUCCAUUGCAGAUGAACCGUGUAUUGGUGACCGACUUGCAAAAAAGUAAUCAAGACAAAGAGACAAGAGAAAUUUCCUUCCAGAUCAAUAUGCUGCAUGAGUCUGCGUCUCGCCUGUCAAAUCUCCACCCAACCCUGGCCAGAAGAGUUUCGUGCAAACAGGCCGAGGUGAAGGAGAACUGGGCACUUUUCCAGGAGCUUUUCCGGAACCAGAAGACAGAUGUGCCUUCAAAAUGCCAGUCAACUUCAGCAGCAGAUCCUCUAACCACAUGCCCUGACUCACACAGCUUUGCUAGAAACGAGGGUCACAAUGUAAUGGGAAAAGAUGUCAAGGAAGAGCAAAAUCGUCUCCGAGGAUUUGAGUGCUCUCAAGGCCUGUGGAGGAUGUGGAGUCCGGUUGAGGAAUGUUCUGCAGGGAGUCAAGGCUCACUAUCGGAAAGCAGCUGCUCCAACCAGGACAACAUCUCUGAGAAGCAAGACAUGUAUAGGAAGAGCUGUAUCGGCCAGAUGGUUCAAACAACUGAUAUUCCCUCUCAAGAAUGUCUCAUUCCUAAUAAGCUGUUGAAGGAGUCAUUGACAUCCAUUGAAGUGACUCCACUGUGGUUGAAGGACAACACAAAUCUGACCAUUACAGAAGAGCAUGACUGCUUAAAGCCAAAUCAAGACCUCAAAAUAGAAGAACUCCUAAGCCAGGUGGAGGUGCUUUGGGAUGCUCUGCAGAAGAAAUAUGGAGAGAACGAUGAGACCAAACCGACUGAAAAAGAACUAUCUGGAGAUAAAGCUGCACAGAUGAUGCCAGAACUCCCACUUUCUAACCAUCUCCCACAAAACGCAGAGGAGGGCGGUUCUGGAAUGCUUGCAAAAUUUCUUGAACUUCUGGAUCCCAGGGGUUAUGACAAAAUGAGUCAGGUAGAGCAAAUAUCAUGA